AUGUCCUGCUACGACCUGUGCUCCACCUCCGGCUCCGGCGUGCUCCGGCCGCAGCCCCUGGCCAGCAGCGGGAACGAGCCGUGCGUGCGGCAGUGCCCCGACUCCACCGCCGUGAUCCAGCCUCCCGCCGUGGUGGUCACCUUCCCCGGGCCCAUCCUCAGCUCCUUCCCGCAGAAUUCCGUGGUGGGAUCUGCUGGAGCGCCCGUCCUGGGGGCCUCGGGGGCCUCCCUGAGCUCUGGGGGCUUUGGCUCCCUGGGCUACGGCGCAUUCGGCUCCCUGGGCUAUGGGGGAUUUGGCUCUGGUGGAUAUGGGGGUCUCUAUGGCUAUGGGGGCUCUUCCCUGGGCUAUGGGGGUCUCUGUGGCUAUGGGGGCUCUUCCCUGGGCUAUGGGGGUCUCUGUGGCUAUGGGGGCUCGUCCCUGGGCUAUGGGGGUCUGGGGUCCUGUGGGGGGUCCCGGGGCCUGUACGGCUCUGGCAGAUCCUUCGGCUCCUGCGGCGCUUGGUCCUCCCGCUCCCGCCGCGGCAGCUGCGGCCCCUGCUAA